CCUUGGCAACGGUCAUACAGGCUUUACGGGCUAAGGUUUACUUUAUGCAAACUGACGAUGAGUUAUACAAGUAGGACGUAAAUACUAUGAAAACUCUUCACGAAUAGAAUUUACCGUCUUUCUGUUCUGAAUCCUGUCCUCCGGUUGGAGCUCUGUGUGGAUGAUCACCGCCUGAACACAGCCUACUUCCUCAGGUGACAGGCUGAGCCUACCGCCCCCUCCCAUCAGAGAUGCUUCUGUCUGAGGUUGACAGCACAACGCAGGACCAGCAACUGCCUCCGCAGCGCUUAUAGGGACUUAAAGAAGCCAGAAAACUUGACUUAAGCGUCUAAUUCUUAUUUAUAUAGGUUACAGGAUCUGUUCAGUCGUUUUUAAACCACACACCAAAGAGCAAAGAAGGCGACGGACGGAGCUAACGUUAGUUUAAACUCCACAGACAACCGGCUUCUCUUUUUUCCCCCUCAUCUCCUCCUUCUUUUAGUAUCACUUAGAUGCGAUGACAGACUCGGCAGUGGAUAGCAAAACGGAGGUCAAGCAGGCCACUAAAUAUGUCAAAGAGACUGAAAACGUCGCGGAAAAAUACUCCGCAUUGACCGUCAGCAAGAACAGCAGCGAUGUGAACAUGAACGUUGGAGAGAUGCCCUCCGCGGCGUUCACCGCAGUCCCGACUCUGAAGUCGGUGAAGAAGAUCCAGUUUGCGAAUGCAGAGGACAAGCAGGAGUUCAGCAAGUUUCCGACCAAGGCGGGUCGCCGCUCGCUCUCACGCUCCAUCUCCCAGUCCUCCACAGACAGCUACAGCUCAGUGAGCUACAAAGCCCAGGUCAACAGCCACGGCAGCACCGACUUCUGUGUGAAGAACAUCAAACAGGCUGAAUUUGGACGGCGGGAAAUUGAAAUAGCAGAGCAAGCUGUUUACAUUGUUCAAGGGAAGUAUGUGAACUCCUGA